CGCUUCGUCCUCAACGACACCACGUUGCCCCACCGCGGCGGUCCCGAUGGCAGCCAGAAGCUCUUCCUGCCCAAGGGGACCUACAUCCUCGCCGGCGUGCCAACAAUCCAUAUGGACCCCGAAAUCUGGGGUCCCGACGCACACGAGUACCAACCCGACCGCUGGCUCGAUGAGGGCUUUCAAAGCCGCCCGCGCUACUCGUACAUGCCCUUCUCUGAGGGCCGGCGCCACUGCCCCGGCGAACUGUUUGCCCUUGUCGUGGCU